GGAAAAUGUUUCAAAACAUCAACUCAGCUAAAACUUCAUCAGAGAACACACACAGGAGAGAAGCCUUAUUACUGCUCUGACUGUGGAAAACGUUUUAAAACAUCAACUCAGCUAAAAGUUCAUCAGAGAACACACACAGGAGAGAAGCCUUAUUACUGCUCUGACUGUGGGGCGAGUUUCUCUCAUCUGGGCACCUUACAAGCACACCAACGUAUACACACAGGAGAGAAGCCUUAUUACUGCUCUGACUGUGGAACUAGUUUCUCUCAAUUUUCCCACUUAAAAACACAUGAACGUGUACAUACAGGAGAGAAACCUUACGUCUGCUCUGACUGUGGAAAUAGUUUUUCUCAACUUUCCCACUUAAAAUCACAUGAACGUAUACAUACAGGGGAGAAGCCAUACUCCUGCUCUGACUGUGGAAAAUGUUUUAAAACAUUAUAUGAGCUAAAAGUUCAUCAGAGAACACACACAGGAGAGAAGCCUUACGUCUGCUCUGACUGUGGAAAAUGCUUCACAACAUCAACUGAUCUAAAAGUUCAUCAGAGAACACACUCAGGAGAGAAGCCUUACGUCUGCUCUGACUGUGGAACUAGUUUCUCGCAACUUUCCCACUUAAAAUCACAUGAUCGUAUACAUACAGGGGAGAAGCCAUACUCCUGCGCUGACUGUGGAAAAUGCUUCAAAACAUCAACUGUGCUAACAGUUCAUCACAGAACACACACAGGAGAGAAGCCUUAUUACUGCUCUGACUGUGUAAAAUGCUUCACAACAUCAGCUAAGCUAAAACUUCAUCAGAGAACACACACAGGAGAAAAGCCUUACUCCUGUUUUGACUGUGGUGUGAGUUUCUCUCGGCUUGAUACCUUAAAAACACACCAACAGAUACAUAAAGGAGAGAAGCCAUACUCCUGCUCUGCCUGUGUAAAAUGCUUCAAAACAGCAACUGAGCUAAUAGUUCAUCAGAGAACACACGCAUGAGAGAAGCCGGCUUACGUCUGUUCUGACUUUUGGGUGAGUUUUUCUCACCAUAGCAACUUAACACACCAAUGUAUACACACAGGAGAGAAGCCUUACUCCUGCUCUGUGGAAUGGUGGGCGUGUAACUCAAACUUCUAGCCAAAGUUUGCGUGUUUGAAUCUCAUCAAGGAGGACUUUAGCAUUUUAGCUAAUUAGCAACUUUGCAACUACCUACUACUUUUAGCUAUUACUUAGCAUGU